UCCAAAGCAUAUUUCAAUUUCUUUAGCUAUUUAAUUAUCCCCAAUCUCUCUUAGCUUCUUAAUUCACUGAUCACUCUGUAUCUGUUUAAUUCCUUCAGCCAAAGCCAGAGCUAUGUCUAAGGAUGUUGAAGCCGGAGCCGGAGGGUUUGCCGCCGGUGACUACCUGGACCAGCCGCCGGCUCCAUUGUUCGACGCCGGGGAGCUUGGCCGGUGGUCGUUUUACAGGGCCGUUAUCGCUGAGUUCGUUGCCACGCUCUUGUUUUUGUACGUCGGAGUGCUCACUGUGAUUGGCGAUAAGACUCAGGCUUCCGCCGCCGCGUGCGGCGGCUUUGGAGUUUUGGGUAUCGCUUGGGCUUUCGGCGGCACCAUCUUCGUUCUCGUUUACUGUACCGCCGGCAUUUCUGGAGGACAUAUUAACCCAGCAGUCACAUUUGGGCUUUUCUUGGGGCGGAAGGUGUCGCUGGUGAGAGCCGUACUGUACAUAGCGGCUCAGUGUUUGGGAGCCAUAUGUGGGUGUGGGCUCGUUAAGUCACUAAAAAAGCCCAACUUCAAUUCCUUCGACGGCGGAGCCACCGAGCUCGCCCAAGGCUACGGCGCCGGCGCCGGCCUCGCCGCCGAGAUCACCGGAACCUUCGUUCUUGUCUACACCGUCUUCUCCGCCACCGAUCCCAAGAGAAAAGCCAGAGAUUCCCACGUUCCUGUUCUGGCGCCGCUCCCAAUUGGGUUCGCCGUGUUCGUCGUGAACCUGGCCACGAUUCCGGUCACCGGCGCCGGUAUCAACCCGGCUCGGAGCUUCGGCUCUGCUGUGAUGUUCAACAGAGACAAAGCUUGGGAUGAUCACUGGAUAUUCUGGGUUGGACCUUUCAUUGGAGCUGCAAUGGCUGCAAUUUACCAUGAAUUUGUUCUCAGAGGAGGAGCUGUUAAAAGCUUGAGAUCCUUCAGGAGUUCCUACGCAAAUUGAUGGAUCUUCUUCUUCUUCAGAAAAACUAAAAAGGCAAAUCUUUCAAAAUUAGGAAAAAUGUGUUUUUCAACAUUUUUAUGUUAUUUUCAAUGCAGAAUAAAAAGCUUACUUGA